CUCUGCUCUUUCUCAGCGCCUCUCCACCAAUUCGCCUUUGUUUUUCUCUCUCUCUCUCAAAGUCUUACCUCAGCGGCUCAGAUCUGGCUGGCUGGCUGGCUUCGCUUCUUCAAUUUCAGCUCAAACCCCUUUUCAAAUCCCCCUUUCCCCAUCACUCCCACGCUUUUCUUCGUUCCCUCCAUUCCCCUUUUACUUCGUUGACGCAUAAUCAUCGCUCAAUUGCUGAUGAUUUCCUUCUGGUUUUAGGGGGGAAAAGUGUGCUGAAUCUGUGGGUCUGCGCACUGUUUUUGCCUUUUUUGUGUGUGUGUGUGUUUCAAUCGGUUGAGUUGUAGGAUCGGUGCUGGGUUUAGAGGAUUGAGGUCUCUCUUUACCUGAGGCGCUGGGGAAUUCGAUCAAUUGUUUGUCGCGAGUGAUGUUUGGAUUCAUUGUUGCAGGCUGUGAUUGUUGGGGGAGUAGCUGCAGCUGGCAAUGUGAUGGAUUGGGGAGUUAACAGUUCGUAUAAUAACCAGUCCUUGAAAGUGGAUAUGGAUCCCAAGUCUGUAACAGUAAUGAAUUCGGCAGCCAUCCCCCUCAUCAAUCCAACGGAUAUCGGGUUGGGUUCCACAGAGAAGGGUAAUGUAAUCCUUUCUGCUAAGCCCAGGAAAAAGACAAUGACCUCAGUUUUUCUUAAGUAUUUUGAAAUUGGAAAUGAUGGGAAAAGUCGAAGAUGCAAGUUUUGUGGACAAAGCUAUUCUAUUGCGACUGCCACUGGUAAUUUGGGGAGGCAUCUCAGCAACCGACAUCCAGGAUAUGAUAAGCUAGGGGAUUCUUCGAAUGGUCCUAGUUCACAGUCCGUGACAGUUGCUAAGAAACCUCACAGUCACGCUAAGUUGCCUUCAUUGGACCUCGAUCACUUGAACUGGUUGCUUAUCAAGUGGGUUGUUGUAUCAUCUCUUCCCACUUCUACUCUUUCAGAGAAGUGGCUGGCAAAUGCAUUUAAGUUUCUGAAUCCAGCCGUCGAGCUUUGGAGUGGGGAAAAGUUCCAAACAAUAUUGCGGGAAGUCUUCAGAAGCAUGCAGGAAUCUGUGAGGCUGAUUGUAGAGCAGAUUUCUUCAAAGGUUUCUAUCACUCUCGAUUUUUGGACUUCCUACGAACAAAUUCUGUAUAUGAGCAUUACAUGUCAGUGGAUUGAUGAAAAUUGGUCCUUCCAGAAAGUUCUUCUUGAUAUUUGUCACAUACCGAGUCCCUGUGGGGGAACCGAAAUCUAUCAUGCCCUAUUGAAAGUCCUCAGGCUUUACAACCUUGAAAAUAAAAUUCUCUCGUGCACCCACGAUAAUAGUUCGAAUGCCUUGCAAGCAUGCCUGGCUCUGAAAAGUGGUAUGGAUGGUCAGAAAAUGGCUGCCUUUUGUCAUAUUCCCUGUGCUGCCCAAACUCUGAAUUCAAUCAUAAAUGAUGGGCUUAGGACUACAAAAUCGGUGAUUGUAAAGAUCAGGGAAUUUGUGCUGAAACUCAAUUCAUCGCAAGAAAUGUCCGAGGAUUUUGUGCAGUUCACUGCAGCAUACCAAGAAGGGAGCUGGAAAUUCCCUCUCGAUGCCUCUGCUCGGUGGAGUGGGAGCUACCAGAUGCUUGAUCUUGCACGUAAGGCUGGCAAAUCAAUGGAGACAGUGAUCAGGAAGUACGAGGAGCAACUAGGUAGCCAACUACUGCUGAACUCUGCCGAGAAAAAUGUCGUCACUAUUAUGCAUAAAUAUCUUGAGCCCUUCUACAAGACGAUCAACAACAUAUGCACGAACAGAGUGCUCACUAUUGGCCUCGUUCUCUUCUUCAUGGACCAUAUUUCGGAGAUGAUUAUGGCCUGCAAAGAUUAUCGGCAAAGCCCCGACUGGCUCAAGAGCUCCGCAGAAGACAUGUAUGUCAAAGCGCAGGCUUACAGUGACCAGCUCUGCAAUGCCUUCACGUACAUGACCGCGAUUCUCGACCCUCGGAUCAAGGUCGAGCUUAUUCCUGAAUAUCUUAACACAGAAAGCAACUUGGAGGAAGCGAGAAGUCAUUUCAUCAGAAACUACUCCACCAGUUAUUUCUCGCCGGUGACGAAUCCUUACACCGUACAAGAAUCGGAAGACGGGGGUAGUGCGUCUUUUGCAGAGGAAAUUGCUCGUAAGAAGCGGCGGGCGACGAUGAACUCUGCCACUGAUGAGCUUACGCAAUAUCUGUCCGAGCCGCCUGCCCCGAUGCCUACUGAUGUUCUUGACUGGUGGAAGGUGAACAGCUCGAGAUACCCGCGGCUGUCGUUGAUGGCUCGCGACUUCUUGGCCGUGCAGUCGACUGCUGUGCUUCCGGAAGACAUUUUCUGCAGCAAGGGAGAUGAGGUUGAUCGGCAAAGAUUUUCGACGCCUGUUUCGUGUACACAGGCUAUUUUUUGUGUGAAGUCGUGGAUGCAGAACGGGAUGAAGAUGAAGUACAAAUCGACGGAGAUCGAUUAUGCGAGGAUGAUGGAAAUGGCUGCUGCAGAAAGCAGCAGAAGCUUUGACAAGAAACAAAAAUGAUGGAUAUGGCUGCUUAGAUCUUUGCCCAUUGUUUAGAUCAAAUUUCUGUUAUGCAAAAAAGCCAAUUGUGGAGGAAAGGUUUAAUUUGGUUCUUUGUAAAUUUAUUUCUUCAAAUAGUUUGUACAGAUUAGGUUCUGUUAGGUAAUAUUGCUCAUUAUAUGCUAUAUAUAUAUAUAUAUAUGUUCUUCCUUGAUGCAUUUUCAUUGUUGAAUACUUGAAUUUAAAUUUCAACGUUUCAUUCCUGAUUUUGAUU